AUGAUGGCAUUAAUGCGAGGAAUUCUCACUUUGUUUUUGAUUUUUGCUUUCUGUCUCAAUCUGAUUGGGGCCUCCCCAGCCGCCGACCCUGCCUUCCAUCUAUGGCACCAGCGGCGGGCCAUUGCCCAUCCACCCAGGCCACGGUCCCUUAAUACCUCAACCAGUGACCUAUUGCAGGCCCAAAAGCUCGUGGAGGCCGCUGUGGCGCAGCAAUCUGAGUACAAUGCCUGGAGAGUGGCCAACCCCAAACGCAACACGUAUGAAUCGCGCCACUCCAAUGCUACCCGCUCCUCGACCCAACACAAACGGUCUAACCAGCCGGUGGCGCCCACGUUGAACCCCCGUCUUAGAGCUGCAGCCGCUCUCCUUGCUGAACGCCACGCAGCACAGCAGUUGAGGAAUGGUACUCUCCACAAAAGUUACAGCAAGUUCACAAAUCUGCCUAAGCCCCUGACCUUGGCGAAACGGGACAGCGUGAGCUCGUCAUCGAACUACUGGCCGGCCCAAGUCGAUCAUGGCCUUCCACCUAUGGGGUGGGAUUCGUCCUACCCCGUCUAUCGAGAUGUUACCGAUCCCAAGUUUGGAGCCAAGGGCGAUGGAGUGACCGAUGACACUGAUGCUAUCAAUGCUGCAAUCUCUUACGGAGGAAGCUGCCAAGAAAACUGCGAGUCAUCCUCGACCAAGGGCACAUUCAUCUAUUUCCCUCCGGGCACAUACCUUAUCUCCUCGCCUCUCAAUGCCUCUUACUACUCUCAAUUGGUGGGCAAUGCAAAUGAUCUUCCGAUUAUCAAGACUUCUCCCUCGUUCAUUGGCCUGGGCGCGAUUCAAAGCGACGUCUAUAUCCCCAACGAUAAUGGCGAUGAGUGGUACAUUGAACAAUCCAAUUUUUAUCGCCAGGUCCGAAACUUCAUCAUUGAUAUUGAGGAGACCACCACCGCGAAUGCGGCGGGAUUGCACUGGCAGAUAGCUCAAGCGACCUCCCUUACCAAUGUGUACAUUAGUGCCAGCUCGACGGCCGGAACCAGCCAGAUGGGCAUUUACACCGAGAACGGCAGCGGGGGAUUUAUGUCAGGCUGCACGAUCACGGGUGGAGCGUAUGGCAUCUAUGGUGGUAAUCAACAGUACACGGUCCGCGAUUUCCAGAUCGCCGGCCAAACUAACGCGAGCAUCGGCUUGAUCUGGGACUGGGGCUGGACCUGGUCUGGAUUGCACCUCUCUAGCUCCCCCAUUGGAAUUAGCUUGAUCAAUCCUCAAGAUACUUCUGGUCAGCCAUCUGGAUCUACCUACAUCCUUGACAGUAUGUUUGAUGAAACCCCCAUUGCCAUCCAGGCGAGUUUUGAGCAAUCAACCAUCUUGGAAUCAAGCAUUAUCACGCUGGACAACGUCGGUGUCAACGCUGUCGACACAAUGGUCGCCUUCACAGAUGGCACGAGUCUUGACCUUCCUAAUGGUGACGUGGACUUUGUGGUUAUUGGAAACCUCCAGGAACAAUCUUCCAAGAGUUUUGGGUCCUACGAAGUGAAUGUGCAGGACCCCCCGCCUCCUCUUCUGGAUGCUGCUCAGGACCAGGUCAUCUAUCGGGACACGUACUUUUACAAGGAUCGUCCGCAGUAUGAGACCCUCUCGCUCAGCAGCAUUGUCAGCGUCAAAGAUCAUGGCGCGGCGGGCGAUGGAGUCACAGAUGAUACCGCAGCCAUUGUCGCCUCGCUUUCCCUGGCCACAACUGACAACUUGAUCUAUUUUCCUCCGGGGUCCUACAUUGUUACCUCCACCAUCGUGAUCCCGGCACACGCCCGUAUUACCGGGCAAGUGUGGUCACAGCUUGUGGCCUCGGGCGACUAUUUCGCCGACAUGACCUCCCCCAAGGUCAUGAUUCAAGUGGGUAAUCCCGGUGAUGUGGGGACGGUGGAAAUCAGCGACAUGCUUUUCACCUCCAUUGGAGAGCUGCCAGGAUUAGUGAUGAUGGAAUGGAACGUCCAGGCCGAGAUCCAGGGCUCGGUGGGCAUCUGGGAUUCGCACUUCCGGGUGGGAGGCGCGUAUGGAAGCAAGCUGCAGCUGGCUGAGUGUCCCACCAGCAACUCGAUUGCAUCGGGCUGUGUGGCCGCCUCUUUGAUACUACACAUCACCCCCGAAUCCAAUGGCUACUUUGAAAACAUGUGGCUGUGGGUAGCCGACCACGAUAUUGACGACCCAGCCAAUACACAGAUCACUGUUGGGGUUGCUCGAGGAAUGCUGGUCGAGUCAACCUCAGGACCAACCUGGAUGUACGGCACCGCCUCGGAGCAUUCGAUCCUCUACCAGUACAACUUUGUCAAUGCCACCAACACUCUAGCCGGCAUGAUACAGACCGAGUCUCCCUACUAUCAAUUCACCGAUGCUACCGAGUCACCCGGGCCCUUCAACGCGUCGGUAGGCUUGUUCACGAACGAUCCCACCUUUCCGGAUGUCACCUGCACAGCGUCGCCGGAGCUCUGCAAUUUUGCAUGGGGGGUUAUCAUGAACGAAAAUACAAACCUAACCAUUGCGGGCGCGGGUCUCUACUCCUGGUACGACAACUACCUGGAGACCUGUGUGGACACUCAGAAUUGCCAGCAGCGGAUGGUCCUGGACCAGGGAGAGAACCAGGGAUUGUACAUAUGGAACCUGAUCACAAUUGGCGCCGUGGAGAUGAUCAGUAAUACAGACGAUAACAACAUCAUCCUCGCGGCGAACAACACGCAGGCUGUCGGGCAUCCCUACUGGAGCGCCCUGGCCGCCUAUCUGGACGACUAUGCCCAGCCAAUUUUCUCAUGCGACGAUGACUCCACUGACCCCGCAUGUCUGGCUAGCUGGAAGUGCGAUUUGACCCAGCAGUACGCAACGAUCGACGAGCUCAACGGGGCUCUGGGCAGCUAUCCGGAUCAAUGCAUGCCGUACUACGCAAUGGGAACCCUCUACACCACCUUGAACGCAUCUCUCGCCAACUAUACUGAUGCCAACCAAAACUACAACAAGUAUUUCAAGUACUACCAGGAAUAUGUCCGGGAUAUGGUCCCCGAUGCAAUCAAGGCCUUCAUGGCCGAGUCGACGCCCAGUCAGCCCGGGGGCGGAGCUGGCAACAAGUACUUCGAUUGCACCUGCGAGGGGUACGGUCCGACCUCGACGCAGCAGUGCCCAUUCACCUACACCCAGCUGAUGGGCGCCAGCGCCUUCACCAUGACGUACACUCUCAAGGACUCAAAUGGCUUCUACAGCGAGCUUGAAAGCACAUACGGGAUCAACCGAACCUGGGUGACCUUUGGCAACGAUGGCGGGCCCGUUCGUCAGAUCGGCCACUGCAUACCGGGAGAGUGCUCUUCGGGGACCGAUUAUCGGUAUGUCAACAUUCCCAAGGCGGUCAAGUCCAACAAGAUAAAUGUGACCAACCCCAAGGAUAUCAUCACCGCAGCGAUGCCCUCCAUCGGCACCCUACGUAACAACCUCCUCUCGCGCGAGCUGGAUAUAAAUUUUGGCGCGUGGGGCGGCGGUAUGCAGGACCUGCUCGACACCUUCUCAAUGCCCGUCUUCAUGCUGCAGCAGGCCAUCGCCUCCAUGGCCAGUGUCAAGGCUAUCGGCGAGCAGCAGGCCAAGAAGGAUAAGAUCAAGCUCGUCCUGGAGAUUCUAGGGAUUGCCUUUGCCUUCAUCCCCUUCCUGGACGACUUCGCCCCAGAGGUGGAGGUGCUCGAUGGCGCCUUCGAGACCAUCGCCGCUACAGGCAACGUCGCUCUGGGUAUUCAAAGCAUCGUCUCAGACCCCACCUCCGCCCCUAUGGUACUGUUGAGUCUAUUCGGCGGCGGUGGGUUGCGUGACGAGGACGACUUCGCUAAGGCCGCCGCUGCGCGUCGCGCGGUGACCGAGGAUGACUUGGAGAGUAUUGGCAAGGAUUUCAAGGCCGAACAGGACAAGUUCGACGGUCUCACGGAGCCAAAAUGCCGUGUUUAG